CAUCGCAGAGAUAGUGGGGAUUCAGGAAGAAGUGGUAGGAGAGAUUCAGUCAGCCAUUCGCAUCAUGCUUCAAGAAGAGGUUCUGGUGAGAGCGGCAGGAGCGGCAGAAGAGACUCAACAUCUGGCAUCACCCCACCUCCCCCGAAAAUCGUAGCUGCCAAGAAGAAACGGAGGGACUCGAGAACCGCUCCAGAAACUCCAUAC